AUGCUGGUUGGAGAAGAUAAACCUGGAAUAGGAGGUGAACCAUUACCUGGUCAGAAGCUGAAACCUAAAUACAGUGUGUUUCCUGAAGGGAUGGGAAGUGAUAGUCCUGCUUGGGUAGCAUUUGACAAGCAGACUGAGGACCUCACCUAUGAAGGUUUUUUCCUUGCAUUAUUGCUAUUGCAAGAGACCAUGAAGGCUGAAUUGCAGAACCAGGUAUUGUCUUUUGAUGCCUAUUUUGAGGAAGAAGUGCCUGACAAAAAUCAAGAGCUAUAUCGAAUCAGACAUUGUAAAAUAUACUUCUACCUUGAAGAUGACACAAUUCAGGUGAUUGAACCCCAAGUGAAAAAUAGCGGCAUAACUCAAGGAACUAUUGUUCGACGGCAUCGGAUUCCACUUCCACCUCCUCAUGAAGAUCAGUUCUAUACUAUAGAUCAUUUCAAUAUCAACAUAGAAGUAAUACUUUAUGCCCGAAGAUAUAAGAUUAUAGAUUGUGACCAAUUUACAAAAAAUUUCCUGAGGAAGAUGGGCGUUAGGUUAAAUCCUCCCACAGGUCGUCCAGAUGACCCGUACACAAAAGAGCGGCAAAAGAUUCUGGAUAGCAUGAAGCCAUUGCGCCCUUAUGAGCGCAUUGACACUUUGAAACAGUUUCUGGAGCAUGAUGGACAUGUUUUACGUUUUUACUGUGUGUGGGAUGACCCAGAAUCCAUGUUUCACGACCCACGGGAACUUGUUCUGCACUAUUAUUUGUCUGAUGAUACUAUUGACAUAAAGGAAAUUGUACCAGUAAACUCAGGCCGAGAUGCAGUUCCACUUUUCCUCAGAAGAGAUAAGCUUCCAAAGUAUGCUCCCGCUGGGCUAUAUCAGCCCGGCACAAUCACCAGUCGCACUGUUCUCAAUGUGUUUGGAAAGUUAGCAGGAAACAGCGGCCGUUACAUUCUGGACAAUCGUAAGACAGGAGCAGUGCAUCAGGAAUUUUACAGAGACAGCGACCUGAAAAUAGGGGCAAUAAUUAAUGUUUGGGGAAGGAAGAUAAUACUCUGUGAUUGUGAUGAAUUCACUAAAGAGUAUUACAGGGCAAAGUAUGGAAUUG